UGUAUACGUAUGUAUAAAAACCUAAAAAAACAUAUGUACACAAACUUUAUAUAUGUGUAUAUAAACUUUGUAUACAUAUAUACAAAAUUGUAUACGUACAUAUAAAAACCCAAAAAGUACACGUAUACAAAGUUUGCAUACACAUAUACAACCCUUAUAUAUGCGUACACAAAGUUUGCAUACGUGUAUACAAACUUUAUAUAUGCGUAUACAAAGUUUAUAUUUUUACGUAUACAAAGUUUGCAUACAUACGUAUUAAAAACGAAAAAAAUACGGAAAGAAAAAAAGAAAAAAAGAAAAACGAAACCGAAAAAAUACGAAAGAAAAACAGAAAAAAAAGAGAAACCGAAAAGAAAAAAAAACGGAAAACACGGAGCUCCUCCCGCGCGGCGCGCCGUCCGGCGCCCCUCUCCGCAUGCGACACGUGUCCAGUCGCGCGCGCGCGCGACCGGUCGCCGAACAGCAGUUUCGCUUUCUAAAAGCAGAAGAACGCCUCUGCCCUUCCAGGCCCAGGCCCAGGCCCAGCCUCACUUUGCUUCUAGAAGCAGAAGAACGCCAGGCAGGGGCAACGAACAUAAGUACUCCUACUAGUACAGCGUCGCUUGGCCACAGCUCCCCUCCCCUUCCCUUCCCUUCCAUCCACCAACCGCCGAAUCCUCCAAACCCUCUCCUCCACCCCUACCCCUCCCGGCUCCCAUGGAGAUGGAGCCCUCGCCUGCGCCUACUAUGGCGGAUUUGCCGGCUGAUUUGCUGCGGGAGAUCUUCCGCCAUUUGCGAUGUGUCGCGGACCGCGAUGCUGCGGCCGACGUCUGCAGGACAUGGCGCGGCGCACUCGCCGAGCCCACGCCGCCUCCCUCGCCGCCGCGCCCUCUCCCUUGGUUACUCCUCCCAUCCGCCGGCGAUGAUUUCAUCCACGUCUACUGCUUCUACUGCGGGAUCGACCGCUGCAGUCUUCACCACCGCCUCAGCCCCGCGCACGGGGCGCGCUGCUUCGGCUCGCAUGAGGGAGGGUGGCUGUUCGUCGCCUUCGAGCACAAUCGACUUCACGCCAUGAUCAACCUCCGGUCACGCGAGGAUUCCAAGAGCAGCUUGAUUCCUUUCCCCGACCUGCUCCGCUCGUAUCAGGACGAGGACGACUACCAGCGCGCACAGAACAUGGUUAUACUGGCAGCAGCACUCUCCUCUUCCCCAGGCGGCACGAGCUGCAUUGGCGCGGGCAUCGUCAUGCGCUGGGAUCUCAUCGCCGGCUCGUGCCGUCUCGCCUUCUGGCGUAUGGGAGAUCGUGUUGCCGUCGAAGGAACAAUGGCGCCCGACUCAACAGUCAGACUCAGAGAUGAGAUACAGGAUGUCAUCUAUCAGGAUGGCGCCUUCCGGUUCGUGACGAGGAGGGGAUUCCUCGUCACCUGUAUCCCCAUGUUCUACGCAGAUGGUGGCCUCCAAGGCACUACAGAGUCUGUUCAGCGCAUCCGGCACCGGGAGCGCUUGCGCGAACAUGUCCAUGCGCGCUAUCUCGUGGAGUCCCGGGCCAAGCUUCUGAUGAUUGUGAGAUUUGCAGCUCGGCCACGUUCUCCCACAAGCCUAUUCAAGGUGUUCGAGAUGGUUCAGGAGAUGGUGCAGGACUACACCGGCGUGGAGAAAAUUGAGGACACCUGGACCGAACUGGAGUCGCUGGAUGGGCGUCUAUUCUUCGUCGGGCGUGGCUGCUCCAGAUCGUAUGAAUCAUCUGCCUAUCCUGAGCUUGGGCUGGGACUCAAGGAGGGUGUCUACUUCCUGGAUGACUACGUUUACGCCGAUGAGGGCAUGCCCUUCCGCGAUGAGGGACAUCGCCGUUAUCCCUGCAGCGACAACGGGAGGUGGUGCGACGGGCACGUUCAUCGCUGUUUCUCGGAGCAGCGCGCAUCGUCUGCCCACUCCUCUCCGACUUGGUUACUCCCGUGAUACUACAAUUGUGCGGGUAAACGAUUUUCAUGCUUUCUUGCAUCGAUCAUUGAUUUUUUGUUGACUUGACUGCGUUCCUGAGAUGAUUGAUUUUUUGUUGGCAUGACUGCGUUCCUGAGUUAAACGAUUUUCAUGCUUCCUUGCAAAAA